CUUUGGGCCACUGGUUGGGGCAGUGGGUCUCUGGAGAGGCUCCCGCGCGCCGGGACGGGCCUGAGGUUCUUAUGGCUGCGAAAGUGCUUAUAGAGCAUGCGGAGGGCCAUGUGACCUUUGAGGACGUGGCCGUGUACUUCUCCCAGGAGGAGUGGGGGCUCCUUGAUGAGGCGCAGCGAUGCCUGUACCGCGAUGUGAUGCUGGAGAACUUUGCACUUACGGCCUCCUUGGGAUGUGUGUCUUCCAGGACCCAUGAAGUUACCCAUGUGGAGUGGUGGAGAGAGCCCUGGUUGCCUGACCAAGGAGUUGUGACUCCAGCCUCACCAAGAGGUUAUUGGCUUGGAGUGGAGGCUGAAGAGGCUCCUUUUGAGCAGAGUGUUUCUGUAGAAGGAGGGUCUCAGAUUGGGAAUCCCAAGACAGGUCCAUCCACCCAGAAGGGUCAACUUGGUGCGAUGUGUGGCCCUGUCUUCAAAGGUAUUUUACAAGUGGCCCUGCAUCAGGGAGCCCAUCUUGGGCAGAACCCAUACACGUAUGGGGCAUGUGGGAAACAGUUCAGCACAGACCUUCACCAGCAACAGAAGCUGCGUAACAGAGAUAAACCCUUAAGAAGAGAACGGGGCAGGGUCUCUACUGUGAAGAGACAUAGAGCCCACAUGUCAGAGAAGCCCUUUCAAUGCAGGGAAUGUGGAAAGGACUUUAUGACCAGCUCAGGUCUUCUCCAGCAUCAGGUGACUCACAGCAGCAGGGAGCCACACAGGAACCCUGAGUGUUGGGAGGCCUUUCACACUGGAAAAAGACAUUACAAAUGCAGUGAAUGUGGGAAAGCUUUUAGUCAAAAAUACUUACUGGUUCAGCACCAGAGACUACACACUGGAGAAAAGCCUUUUGAAUGCAGUGAAUGUGGUAAACUAUUUAGCCAUAAAUCCAACUUUUUUAUACACCAGAUAGUUCACACUGGAGAAAGGCCUUAUGGGUGCAGCGAAUGUGGGAAAUCCUUUAGCCGCAACGCUGACCUCAUCCAGCACCGGAGAGUUCACACUGGAGAAAAGCCUUUUACAUGCAGUGAAUGUGGAAAAGCCUUUAGGCAUAAUUCCACACUUUCUCAGCAUCAGAGAAUCCACACUGGAGAAAAGCCUUAUGAGUGCAGCAAAUGUGGGAAAUUUUUUAGCUUCAGCUCCAGCCUCAUGAAACAUCAGAGAGUUCACACUGGAGAAAGGCCUUAUGGGUGCAGUGAAUGUGGGAAAUCCUUUAGCCACAAGCCUGGACUCAUUAAUCAUUGGAGAGUUCAUACUGGAGAAAAACCAUAUGAAUGUGGAGAAUGUGGGAAAUUUUUUAGCCAAAGUUCUAGCCUCAUUCAGCACCGAAAAGUUCACACUGGAGAAAAGCCUUUUAAGUGCAAUGAAUGUGGAAGAUGCUUUAGAGAAAAUUCCAGCCUCAUUAAACAUCAGAGAGUUCAUACUGGAGUGAAGCCUUAUGAGUGCAGUGAGUGUGGCAAAUGUUUUCGCCACAACUCUAGCCUUGUUAAUCAUCGGAGAAUUCACACUGGAGAGAAGCCUUAUGGGUGCAGUGAUUGUGGGAGAUUCUUCAGCCAACGCUUUAAACUCAUUCAACACCAGAGAGUUCACACGAAGAAAAAUCUUGAGUGCAGCCAAGGUGGGAGAGCGUUUAGCCACAACUCUACACUUUUUGAGCACCAGAGGAAUCAUGCUGGAGAAAGUCCUUAAUGUGUGAAUGUGGGAAUUUCUUCAGCCACCUCUUCAGCCUCGUUCAACUGCAGUGCAUUUAUACUGCAUAAAGGCUUUUAAAUGAGUUCAGUGAAUGUUGAGAAUCAUUUAUGAAAUGGAUCCACCUCAUUCAGCACAAACGAGUUCAUAACAGGCAAAGGUCUAAUGGAGUCAACAAAUGCUGAGAAGUCACCAGUGAUCUGUGCUGAUUCAGCAAGAGCAACCUCACAGUCCAGCUAGCCCUCAUUAAUGCAUUGAAGGAGGGGGAAAGCUUCAGCCAAAGACAUAACCUUGUUCGGGACCAGAAAGUUUGGACUGGUUCUGCUUGUGAGUCGCAGAGAACGUUGACUUUUUUGUGGACUCUGUUCGUGUCAGAUGAUAGUCAUAGAUUUAUCUGGUUUCCAAUUAACUCAACCCAGAAGCAACUUGCUUGUUAUUGCACUGGUUUCUGCAUUCAUAAAUGCCAUAUAUUUUAAACCCCUUUUAAUAUUAAGGGUUGUAAGCACUGUUUGGGGCAUAUUGAGAAUAUAAUUUGUUUCUACCACACUGAAGAAGUAAAUAGCCUUUGUGGGUUCCCCUCAACUUUUUUUUGUCUUGUAGGAGAUAGUAAUAUAGUAGAAAAGAGUUCUCAGUCCGAUUUUCACCUCAUUUGUAAUGCCUGGGAAGUCCUGACGGGCUUUCUGAGUCUAAUCUUGGCUUUGAUGCCAGGAUUACUUGUGGCCCCAGAGGAAACCUGGAUGAGUGGGCAGUUGUUGGAAUAGCUUCCACAGUGUCUGGGAAGAGAAUGAAUUGGAUACUUCGAUCCUAAGGGAUGUUUCCCAGAACUCUCAAGGGGAAGCCAUCCUCAAGGACCUGCCAAGGAGCUGCGUGUCCUGAAGUGCAGAUUUCCCUAGGCAGGUAAUCUGUCUGAAAUAAAGACCAGGUGAGAACCAUAAUUAGUAUAGAAAAUUGGGUGCAAAUAAUAGGAAGUGGAGGGGUGUGCAGCAAACUAGAGUGGAUAUGCCCUUUCUAAAUUUGCAUCCAGUGAUAUUCCUGUGAUUCAGACAUCACUGUGAGGGUGUACAGAAAUUCUCAGGAGCUACGGAGCUGUGCUUCUCCUGAUGCAGAUCUCACUGGCAGACCAAAUAAUGUUUUGUGGAUUCAUUUUGCUUCUUGGCUCAUCUUAAGACUAUUGCUGCAUAGUCAAGGUAACCAGAUCGACAGAAGUGAGAUUCUGUAUUCCAGACAUUUGGCUUUUUUGACCCAGCCAAGUUUCUGGUGACUCAGAUGAAAAUAAACUCACCAGUUUUUUGCAUCCUGUAA